GCUAAUACAUAGUUCAAUUUCUCUGUCUGAUAGGAAAAAUAAUAAUUUUAGCUACUUCUUCUCAGCUUGUUAAUUUGGUUAAAAAAAAAAAAAAAGAGAAAAAAAGAAAAAAGAAAAGCAGAUCUACCGGAAUGGAAUUCUUCCACAAUGGCAAUGCUGUUCGACUCCGGAGCCACCAUCAAAGAUACCUAUUUGCCAAAGACGAUCAAGAGACCGUCGGACAGGACAAAGAUCGAUCAUCCAACGGAACUCGAUGGACCGUCGAGUUUGUAACCGGCUUCAACUCUGUUAUCCGCCUUAAGAGCUGCUACGGCAAGUAUCUCACCGCCUCAGAUCAGCCAUUAAUUCUGGAAGGUUUGGGUAGCAGUAUGAAAGUUGCACAGACCCGGCCGUCACCCGUUGACUCUACGAUCGAGUGGGAGCUGAUCAGGGUUGGGCAACACAUCAGGCUCAAGAGCCGCCACCACUCCGUUGAUAGCUUCCUCAGGGGCAGUGGACGGUUUCGGUUGUACUCAGUCAGCCAUUAUCCACCUCAAGAGGAUACAGAUAGGGAUAGCUUGGACUGGAAUGUUGAGCAGAUACAUGAGCAUACGACUCCGGCUCCACAACCUAGUGCUCCUAAUAGAACCCCUGGUUCUGGACAAUAUGCGACUCCGGCUCCACCACCUUGUGCUCCUAAUGGACCCCCUAGUUCUGGACAAGGGGAUACCAUCGGUAAAUGGCAGCAAGGAGUUGAGACAGUAGGUGCAAUAGCAGGUUUAGUAGGUGCAAUAGCAGAUUUAGUAAGCAACAGCAGAUGUGGCUGAUAUGAUUCAUUCUCAAGAUGAUGAAGAAGAUGAGGACGCUGAUGGAGGUGGGGACAUGGGGGAGUUUUACUAAUAGGGAACUAAAUUACUUGGUUUUUCAGAAUGUUAGUUAUGUUAAUUGGUUGUAAUCGUUGCCCUUUUUAUUAUUAGUUUUUUUAAAACGAAUGCUUUGUAUUUGAAUAUAUCACCUCCUGAUGCCGCUGUUGUUUCUUUUUUUUCUUCUCUUGUGGUCAUUUUUUCUGUAUUUACACCUAUAUUUCUUACUUUCUUUCUUUCACUCUC